CUAUUUAUUAUGUAAUAUGUUCACGUUUCUUUCAGUCAGCAUAUCGAAGAUAAUGACGUGUACAUACAACAUGGGGAUAUGUUUGUGUAAAGAUACUAGUGUAAAUAUUUUCAACGUUCUUGAAAAAAAUUAAUUUCUUAAGGUCUAAGCGAGAUUUAGGUGUUUUUUGUAAUUCAGCGAGUACCUAAUGGAAGCAGUUUCGGCCAAAAAAACAGAAACGCAGUCAAGAAGCCCUAACCCAGCUAACAAAAAUGUACCGCGUUUUGUUAAUUAUAUUACCGCAGAAGAACGUCUCAAAUCCUUUGAAAAAUGGCCAAUACCAGAAAUUAAAACACCUCUAAAACUUGCUCAAGCUGGAUUCUUUUAUUCUGGACAAGAAGAUUUAGUACAGUGUUUUUCAUGUGGCGGUGGCCUUUCGAAUUGGAAAAAAUGCCUAGAUGCUACUUUCGAGCACGCUAAAUACUACCCUACAUGCAGUUACGUAAUUGAAAAAAAAGGCGAACACGUUGUGGAGAAGGUGAAAAAAAUAGUGAAAAAACAAUACAAAACGGAAGAAUCACGUUUAUCAUCGUUUGACGAUUUUUGGCCCCAAUCAGCGACUAAAACGCCUAAACAACUUGCAAGAGCCGGAUUUUUCAACACAGGGGAUAUCGACGACGAAGUUCAAUGUUUCGAAUGCGGUGUAACAAUAAAGGACUGGAAAGUUGACGAUGAUGUCUGGUUUAAACAUACUCGACAGAACCCAAAAUGUCAAUUUGUUUUUAAUGUAAAAGGUUGGGAAUUUGCAUACAAAGCGUAUCGAUCUGAGUUGUCGAUGGAGCAAACAAUACGUCGUGUACAGGAAUUGAUGAAACAACAAAGUCAAGAUCUAAGCGAUCCCUACCACGAAAACUAUAUAACUGUUGAACAGCGAAUGGAAUCUUUCAAAAAUUGGCCAAUUCCACAAAUAAAAAAAUCAGAGGAGUUGGCUGAAGUUGGAUUUUUUUAUUCAGGGAAAACAGACACAGUAGUUUGUUUUCAUUGCAAUUUAGUACUUGGCGAUUGGGUAGCCACCGACGUAGCGAGCAAACAACAUGCACACUGGAAUCCUUUAUGUGCAUUUAUUCGUCAAGUCAAAGGCCAAUCUUUCGUCGAAGCAGAAAAAAAAAAGUUCAGCCAUAUUUAUAGGACAACGGAAGCUCGUAAAAAAUCGUACAGAACUUGGCCAUAUUCAGCAAACAAAGAUCCAGAAGAAUUGUACGAAGCUGGAUUUUUCAACCUGGCUGGUCAGGAUGCUGCAGUGAAAUGUUUCGAUUGUGGGUGUACCCUUUGGUACGAUGACUGGGAAGUCUGCGACGACCCUUGGUUCAUACACGGAAUACUUAAUCCUUCUUGCAAUUUUUUACGCAAAAUGAGAGGUGAAACAUUUCUGAAUCAAGUAAAACAAGUUUUAGCUUCCAGAAAGAGAGCUAGCAAAAGUGCUCGCAGUGUAGACGAAUCCAUAACAUGUAGAACUAAUGCAGAUAUUAUUCAAGAACUGAUGGAAUCUUCCAUCGUCCAAACAGUUUUAAAAGUCGGUUUUAAUGAAUCCAAAGUAAGACUGGCUGUACGAGACUACUUGAAAUGCCCUGAAUCGUCCAAAACAGUUGAAAAAUUAUUUGCCAUGAUAAUGAAUGCUCAAAAACAAGACAACAAAGUAUUCGUCUGUCUUCUAAAGUUGAAAAAAGAAAAUGAUCGAUGUGAAAAGGCAAAAAUAUGUAAAUUUUGCUUCGAACAAGGUCCAAUAUCGAUACUUGUGCCCUGUGCACACCUGCUCAGUUGUUGUCCCUGUGUUGCUAAAAAUUUGAAACGUUGCUUCGCUUGUAACGAGGAAAUCGAGCACAGAUUGGAAAUGUUUCCAAAAUAAGAAAAUUUUGUUUGAAUUCAAGCCAAUUGUUUUUGACGAAUUGUGAUAUUCGAAUCUUAUUAAAUGAAACUGACUUUACU